AUGAUAAGUACUAUUUUUAUGUAUUACUCAUUCAGUAAUUAAGAAAAACCAAAAUAUUAUGUUUGUCCAAUUACCUAAACCUAUCUUUUCAAAGGUGCAAUUAUGUUAGUACUAUGUGAGUAGAGUCUGGCUAGCGAAAGAUGAGACUGGAAAAAGGCGGCAAAUUCUCUCUCAGACUCUAGCAGCGAAGAUAUCAAAUGGAACGUGUACUGUGUAGCCAACUAGCGACAUAUGACUUGCUAGUAAGCGCUGACCCAUAAAACUAAUAAACAUUUUAGGUCAAGGAGACUAACAGUUAGCUCUGUAGAUAAGCAGUAAAUAAAACUCGGAUGAAAUAGCAUAAUAUUUUGGUGGUUUCACUUGGAAGUCUAGCCGUUUCAAAGUCUACAAAAUUCCUUACAAUUUGAAUAGUAAUUACAACUAUAUUUUAACUCGUUUACAUAACAAAAAUCAGUAUCAUAACAUGAACUGAGUACUCGCUCCUGACACAAACAGUUAUAACGUACAGUAAGAUCAAUGUCCAGUGUGUUUAGUGGCUAGCGGCUGAUAAGUUGUGAAGAUGAAGCUAUUAUAUUUGUUUUUAUGUUUAUCUGUCGUUACUUGUGAAAGAACGAAAUCUCUGAAUAUUUUAACGAUAUUCCCGUUCCAGGGAAAGAGUCAUAGUAUCGUGUUGAAUACCUUAACUGAAGCUUUAGUGCAGCGAGGACACAACGUGACUGAUGUCUCAUUUUUCAAAAUCAACAAGAACCUGAAGAAUUAUCACCACAUAAACCUAGCUGGGACCAUCAAGAUUUUGGAGGAUGACUUCCUGAUGCAGAGGAAUUACCUGACUAUUUUGCAGAUUCUGAAUUUCGUCGUGUCAUCUGGCAACGACAACUGCAAGAUACUGCUGGAGAAUAAAGAAGUACAGAGCCUGCUGAAGAGGAAAGAAAAAUUUGAUGUGGUCGUUGUGGAGCAGUUUAAUACAGACUGUCCCCUAGCUUUGGCAUACAAACUAGGAGCGCCCGUUGUUUCCAUGUCUACUACUAUCAUAAUGCCUUGGCAUUUCCAGAUACUUGGUGCACCAUACAAUCCCUCUUUCGCACGAAUGACAUUCUUAGACGGUGAUACCAAACCUUCGUUGUAUCAGAGAAUUGAACGCACUGUAUUCUACGCUAUAUGUCAAUUCUGGUAUAAGCUUGGACAGAAGACAGACGAACAGACACUUAAAAAAUAUUUCGAUGAUAUACCACCGUUGCACGAACUGGCAAAGGAUAUAAAGUUUUUCCUCACAUACUCAAGCCUGAUGUUGUUUGGGACGAAUCUCAUUCCGACAAAUGUGAUAGAAGUUGGCGGCUUUCAUGUGACCAAGCCAGAACCUUUACCUGACAAACUGCUGCAAUUUAUAGAAGAAUCAGAGCAUGGCGUCAUUUACGUUAGCUUUGGCUCGAUUAUAAAGUCUUCAGUAUCAGACUCUGACAAGAUCGAGAAAAUAGUUGGCGCACUCUCAAAACUACCCCAAAGAAUUAUCUGGAAAUGGGAAGAUCAUAAGCCUCCUGGCAACUUGGACAAAAUUUAUGUAUCAAAAUGGCUCCCUCAAAAAGACAUACUGGCUCAUCCAAAAGUCCUCGCAUUUUUAUCACACUGUGGUCUUGUAAGUACAACAGAAGCAGUCACUUUUGGAGUUCCGAUUGUUGGAAUGCCAAUAUUCGGUGACCAACCCACCAACGCAGCUGCCAUCGAAGAAAAAGGGUUCGGUGUCAGAGUUCAACUAUCUGAAUUGACCUCGGAACAUCUCUUAGAGAAGUUCAAAACUGUUCUAGACCCUCAUUUCAGGGCAAAGGUUAAGUCAUUGUCAAAAUCAUGGCAAGAUCGACCAAUGAAACCGAUGGAGACGGCAAUAUUUUGGACGGAGUUCGCAGCGAGACAUCCAAAUCAUACUUUUAGGGCACCAGCAGCUGAUGUGCCUCUUUACCAGUACCUCAAUCUAGAUAUCUUGCUGGUUUUUAUUGUUUUUGCUUUUACUGUCUUUCUUGGUUUCAAAUAUUUAAUAUCUGUUGUAUUCAUAAAUGUUGCAAGAAACUCUAAUAAAGCCAAGAAACAAUAAAAUUUUAAGAAUAAUU